AUGGACGGUCAGCUGGUGAUGAAGGGCAGGGAUGACUCCUGGCGGCUGGCUACCCGGCCUCUGUUCCCGUCUCUGCUGUCGGAGGAGAACAUGGCGAGGGUCAGUCUGCGGACCAGCUCCAAGCACCGCUGUGUGAGCAGCGUGGAGGCCUUCCAGGACGGCCUGCAGGAACACUGGAGGCCCGGGGACCACGAGGCGCACACCUCAGGUCACCAUCAAGAGGGACCGUACAGCCACCAGGUGGAUGACGAGCUGAUGCGUUUCUUCGAGCGUUGCCGCGGUUACGUGGAGGGCGUGGAGAAGAACCGCACGGCGCUGCUGGAGGUGGAGAAGUUCAAACACGGGAAGGAGAUGGAGGCAGUGAGGAGGAGAGUGGCCGAGAGGCUGGGACUACCUCAGCACCGGCUCACACCGGAUCUGGUUGAAGCAGCGUUCUUCUUGUGUUCCUACGAGCUCUCCAUCAAGUCCCUCCACUCCUCCUGGUGCUUCCUGUUUGACGAAGACGACGCAAAGGUGUUGGAGUACAAGUGUGACCUGAAGCAGUACUGGAUGCGCUCCCAUGGUCAUGUGAUCAGCGGUCUGUCCAGCUGUCCUCUGUUCCAUCACGUCUUCAGGACGCUCGACAAGGCCGGACGUCCCCGCAGGUCCACGGACGUGCCUCCUGAGCCGGCCUCCAUCCUGGUUGGUCACGCGGCCCUCCUCCCCUCCUCGCUGCUGGGGCUCUACAAGGACCAGACUCCGCCCACCGACGACAACUACCGCACACAGCACGGUAGAAGUUUCCGCAGCGGUCUCAUCGUCCCGUACGCCGCCAACCUGCUCUUCGUCCUGUACGACUGCCAGCGCGGCCCGCGGCUGCAGCUGCUAAUCAACGAGUCACCGGUUCGAUUCCCGGGGCUGGAGACGGAGGACGCGCCGCUGUACCGGGACGUCCGGGCCACGUACCGCCACCUGCUGGACGGCUGCGACUUCGACCGGGAGUGUGAGGGCCGGCCGGUGGGCCGCGCGCCCAACACCGAACUGUGAGCAGAGCAGCAGUUACCCCGGCAGGACAUCUGAACACUGGACUCACUUCUAAUGUCCUCACACCUGAACCCACACACUGUAAACCAUCACUGACGGAGAAGCAGUCCUCUUUUGGUGUUGAAGUUAGCAGCUAACGCCAGCGCUAGCUAACUAGCUUAGGUUGACAAGGUGCUACCAAUCGCUUCACAAGACCCUUUCUUUGACACUUAUUACUUUUUUCACACACAGACUCACACACAUACAUACAUACAUACAUACAUACAUACAUACACACACACACACACACACACCCACACACCCACACACUCUCACACAUACCCUCAC